UAACUUACAGGCUAUGAGUUCGAAGCGUCCAAGAAAACAGAUUUACGUUGGAGACAACGCGUCAUCGUUUACUUUGGGACUGAUGAACUCCAGUUGAUGACUUGAUGGCUAAGAAAGCGUCCAAAUUAUUGGACCAAUCAUGACGGAGUGGGAGUAUUUGAGCUCGUGAGCCCCGUGUCCCUCCCAGCAGCAUCAAAGCGUCAAGCGAUCAGCGCGCGAGCGAGGAAGCGAGCGGCAAUAGAAGCACGAGCGCAGCCACCUGCAGGAUUCCCAUGGGCUGUGACCUCUGUAAGUGAAUGCUAGGACUAUGUGAUCACCCAUAUUCCACUAUUCCACUACUUGCCCACAAAAAAGUACAAAAUACCAAGACCCAACCAUACAAACCCAAUGCUUUUCUCAUUGUUGGAUUCCAAUAUCUGCUACACAGUGGCUCCAGUGAGGAGCACUGAUGACCUGCUGCAGUCAAUGCUCCCAGCUGGCUUCCCACCACUUUAACUCCUUGACACACUGCUACCCCAUUGCUGCUUGCUUAUCUGGUUCCUCUCAUAGCCCUAUGCCGCCAUGGUGAGGGCAUUAGAAUGGUAUGGCGGUUUUCUUUUGCUGACGGGGCUGGCCAGUUCUGUCGGCCAGCGCGCUGAUCCCUUGACACCCCCUGCUCCCGAGUAUGCCCAUUCUAUUCGACUGGACGGUGACAUCAUCCUGGGAGGUCUUUUCCCGGUGCAUGCGCGAGGUGAGCAUGGCGCCCCCUGUGGGGAAUUGAAGAAGGAGAAGGGGAUUCAUCGAUUAGAGGCCAUGCUCUUCGCUAUCGACCUCAUUAACAAAGACCCUGACCUGCUGCCCAACGUAACGCUGGGGGCGCGCAUCUUGGACACCUGCUCACGCGACACUUACGCGCUGGAACAGUCGCUUACGUUUGUACAAGCACUCAUCGAGCGGGAUUCUUCAGAUGUACGAUGCGCCAGCGGCGAGCAGCCAAUUUUUUCCAAGCCGGACAAGAUCGUUGGUGUGAUAGGCGCUGCGGCUAGUUCUGUGUCCAUCAUGGUGGCCAACAUUCUACGCCUGUUUAAGAUCCCUCAGAUCAGCUAUGCAUCCACAGCACCAGAACUGAGCGAUAAUACCCGGUACGACUUUUUCUCCCGGGUUGUGCCGCCUGACUCUUACCAGGCUCAGGCCAUGCUGGACAUCGUGACUGCCAUGGGCUGGAACUAUGUCUCCACAUUAGCAUCCGAAGGGAAUUACGGAGAAAGCGGCGUGGAGGCUUUUGUCCAGAUCUCCAGAGAAUCCGGUGGUGUGUGUAUUGCUCAGUCUCUGAAGAUCCCAAGAGAGCCCAGACUCGGAGAGUUCGACAAGAUUAUUCUGCGCCUGCUGGAGACCCCAAAUGCUCGUGCUGUUGUAAUGUUUGCAAACGAGGAUGAUAUCAGACGUGUCCUGGAUGCUGCGAAGCGCAACAACCAAACAGGUCACUUCUUGUGGGUGGGAUCAGACAGCUGGGGCUCAAAGAUAUCUCCUGUCGUUCAGCAAGAAAGUGUGGCAGAAGGCGCUAUAACCAUCCUACCAAAAAGAGCAUCUAUAGAAGCCUUUGACAGAUAUUUCAAAAGUCGCUCCUUGUCCAACAACCGACGGAACGCUUGGUUCGCCGAGUUCUGGGAAGUAAACUUCGGAUGCAAGUUGGGAAUGCAUGGCAAGCGUCCUGGAAGCCCCAAGAAAUGUACUGGGCUGGAGAAGGUCGGCAGAGACUCCAGCUAUGAGCAAGAAGGAAAGGUGCAGUUCGUGAUGGACGCGGUGUACGCCAUGGCACACGCCCUGCACCGCAUGCAUCGAGACCUCUGCUUGGGGUAUCCAGGCCUUUGCCCCCGCAUGAGCAACAUAGAUGGGAAAGAGCUGCUGGGAUACAUCAGAAACGUCAGCUUUAAUGGAAGUGCCAAGACCCCUGUUGUGUUUAAUGAGAAUGGAGACGCACCUGGACGUUAUGACAUCUAUCAGUAUCAGAUCACUAACAGAUCGGCUGAGUACAGAAUCAUUGGCCAUUGGACGGAUCAGCUGCAUUUAAAUAUUGAUGCCAUGCAGUGGGCCAGUGAAGAUCCUGCUAUGCCCAUUUCCGUAUGCAGCCUGCCCUGUCAGAUGGGUGAGCGCAAGAAGGUUGUGAAAGGAGUUUCCUGCUGCUGGCACUGCGAGCGCUGUGAGGGCUACCACUACCAGGCCAGCGAGUUCACAUGCCAGCUGUGCCCAUACGAGCAGCGGCCGGAUCAAAACCGUACCGGCUGCCAGCCCAUCCCCAUCAUAAAGCUGGAGUGGCACUCGCCCUGGGCCGUGGUGCCCAUCUUUAUUGCCAUCCUGGGAAUUCUCGCCACCACCUUUGUGGUGGCAACGUUCGUGCGCUACAACGACACCCCCAUCGUACGGGCCUCGGGCAGAGAAAUGAGUUACGUUCUGCUCACCGGAAUAUUCCUAUGCUACUUCAUCACGUUCCCAAUGAUGGCAGCGCCCGGAGUUGCCGUAUGCUCUUUCCGGAGGAUCUUCCUGGGUCUUGGCAUGUGCUUUAGCUACGCUGCGCUGCUCACCAAGACCAAUCGCAUCCAUCGGAUCUUUGAGCAGGGCAAGUGUUCGGUGGCGGCCCCGCGUUUCAUCAGCCCCGCCUCCCAGCUGGUCAUCACUUUCAGCCUGAUCUCGGUUCAGUUAAUGGGCGUGUUUGUGUGGUUUGUGGCCGACCCACCCCACACCAUUGUGGAUUACACUGAGCAGCGUACGCAGGACCCCCAGAACUCCCGCGGUGUGCUCAAGUGCGACAUCUCAGACCUUUCGCUCAUCUGCUCUUUGGGCUACAGCAUCCUUUUGAUGGUCACGUGCACUGUUUACGCAAUCAAAACCAGGGGAGUGCCCGAGACCUUCAAUGAGGCCAAGCCUAUUGGAUUUACCAUGUACACAACAUGUAUCAUCUGGUUGGCCUUCAUACCAAUUUUCUUUGGAACGGCACAAUCUGCAGAGCGGAUGUACAUUCAGACGGCCACACUGACUGUCUCAUUGAGCCUGAGUGCGUCUGUGUCUCUCGGGAUGCUCUACAUGCCCAAAGUCUACAUCAUUAUCCUGCACCCGGAGCAGAACGUGCCCAAACGCAAGCGCAGCUUCAAGGCCAUCGUCACCGCCGCCACCGUGACCAACAAGCUCAGCCACCUGGCCAGCGAGCGACCCAACGGAGAGGUGAAAACCGAGCUGUGUGAGAGUGUGGACAAUAGCACAGCAUCAACAAAAACAACCUACGUCAGCUACACAAAUCAUGCCAUAUGAACAAACUGAAAAUGGUUUGGCCUGGAACUGGCUUGGCUGAAAGCGGACAGGAACCAAUGACUGAAACCCAAGCAUGAGACAUCAGUGUGUUGUUCACAGACAAGAAGACAGACUCUUUUUGAUGUUUGUAAGAAGAGCUACUGUAGGCAGCGGUCCAAAAUAUGACAAAAACUGCCAUUAAGGUUGGCAGCCAAUGAAAUGGGACACCGCUGAAGGGGUAAGGGAGGAAAAAACAAAUGUUUAAAGAAACCGAAUAAUAUUGGAGUCAACCAUGUUACAUGUUAUUCUAAUUGUAAGUAUUUUGUGGUUGUGAACAAUUUUUAAUUCUCGUCCCACAGCGUCAGACCCGCAUUGGAAAAUGCAUUUGUCUCUUGUAUUGGCUACUCUGGUCUAUAACCUUGGGUUAUGAGUGUGCAAAUGCCAUGGUUAAAGCAUGCCAAUUCAAAUUUUUAUACAAAUAAUUUAUUUAUAAUAAAGGAAUGUUUUUGAA